CGUUCGGUCGAGUUCGGACGGCACCGGUUGCAGCCUCCCCCGGGCUUGCUGAGAUUUCACCCCCGGGGAAGAGGGGGAGCCGAGGGCGGAGCAGGACGCAGCAUGCUCCCAUUGGGCCAACAAAGGUGAGUCUUUUGGACGGUCCUGUGGCUUUCCAUCUUGGGGUGCGACACCUCCACUGUGAGUGUCGUCAUCCGAGGACCACGGCGGCGAUAACGCGCUGCGCUCAUCAUCUAAUAAUCCGGUUUGGGUACGGAGGAGAUAGGGGAAGAGAGAGAUGAGUUAUGGCUGCAUAUACUGCUUCCCCCAGAUGCAGACCAGACGAGCAACCCGCUUCGUCCAUGUCUGCCUUCCCCAUGUAUAUCUGAGAGUUCGCUGCUUCCCUUGCUUCAGAGUUCGUAACAUACCAAUAUAUACCCCUUGUGUUCCGCGUCCGCAGCGGCCAGGAAGAGCGGACAUGAGAGAGAGCAGGAAGGCUCGGCCCGAGCGGUCGGCUUCGUUCCACGGCCGGACGACGACGUUAACGGCCUCCCCGCUGGACCGCAGCCAGAUUCGGCGGCCUAAGACCCAGCCGGAACUGCUGCCCCGGGGGAGGAGCGGCGCGGGAGAGGAGCGGAGGUUGCCGGCGAAGGUGCUUGUGAACGUGUCCGUGCAGCGCAGCCUGGGGCCGGUGCAGGUGAUGGCGUCCGCGGAGUGGAGCGUCGGGGACCUGGUGGCCGCCACGGUCCGGCUCUACGUGAAGGAGGGGCGGCGGCCACCCAUCCCCACGGCGGAGCCUUCCGCCUUUGGCCUCCAUUACUCCCAGUUCAGCCUCGAAGGUCUGGAUCCGGAGGAGAAGUUGAUGGGGUUGGGCUCAAGGAACUUCUUCCUCUGCCUCAACCCCGUCCCUGUUUCAGAAGCAGCAAGCGCAGCAGCAACAGCUACCGCUGCCUCUGCAACUGGUUCUCGCUUCAAACAAGCCGAGAAGUCAUCAGAGAUCGGCAUCUCCUGCUUCAGUUUCAUGGACUUCUUGCUAUAGUUGGGUAUC